AUGGGCCCUCACCCCCAUCACCAUCCCCACUGUGCUCCUAUCGACCACGCAACCACAAGCACCCCCACUGCUCUUCAGUAUCCUCUGCAACCUGAGACUGGCAUUGUUAAUCUGGAUCUCACUCGAGCAACAGUAGCAGAAGCAGCAUCAGAAAAUUCAGGUGAUAUUACAAACUUCCAGCAUGGUGUAGCACCCAGCGGCUACAGUGUGAAGGGGGGCGGGGAGGGGGCAGAGUUGGGGGAGGGGGCAGAGUUGGGGGAGGGGGCAGAGUUGGGGGAGGGGGCAGAGUUGGGGGAGGGGGCAGAGUUGGGGGAGGGGGCAGAGUUGGGGGAGGGGGCAGAGUUGGGGGAGGGGGCAGAGUUGGGGGAGGGGGCAGAGUUGGGGGAGGGGGCAGAGUUGGGGGAGGGGGCAGAGUUGGGGGAGGGGGCAGAGUUGGGGGAGGGGGCAGAGUUGGGGGAGGGGGCAGAGUUGGGGGAGGGGGCAGAGUUGGGGGAGGGGGCAGAGUUGGGGGAGGGGGCAGAGUUGGGGGAGGGGGCAGAGUUGGGGGAGGGGGCAGAGUUGGGGGAGGGGGCAGAGUUGGGGGAGGGGGCAGAGUUGGGGGAGGGGGCAGAGUUGGGGGAGGGGGCAGAGUUGGGGGAGGGGGCAGAGUUGGGGGAGGGGGCAGAGUUGGGGGAGGGGGCAGAGUUGGGGGAGGGGGCAGAGUUGGGGGAGGGGGCAGAGUUGGGGGAGGGGGCAGAGUUGGUGGGGGGGCAGAGUGAAGUGAAUGGAAACUUAUUGUUAGAUUUGCUAGAAGGAUUCUGGCACAUACUGUAA